CCACCGUGCUUUCCAUUUUCAGAUUCCCGCAAACCAAAAACCUCCUUAUCCAAACUCUCUCUGAAUUCUCUCUAUCUAUACAUGCAAUUAUUUGUGUCUAUAUAGAUCAUACACCAUGUAUACACUUACUGGGUCAGAUUCAAUCCCAAAGGAGCUCAACAAUCUGUUCUUUUCCUCCAAUUUCAAUCACAAACCCGAGAAUACGAGUAGUUAUCAGGGGUCUAGCUUGUCCCGGUACAGGUCUGCCCCGAGUUCAAUUUUCGAUAUUUUACUUGAUGAAGUUAAAAUUGAUGAUUUGAAAUAUGGGGGUGAUUUGAAACAAGAAGUGGUGGAUUUAGAUGGGUCUGAUUUUUUUAAUGUUCCAGAUAUGGGGUAUGUGAUUUCGGGUCAGGAUAGUGGUGUUAGUAGUGGGGAUAAGGCAUUUAGCGGAUUGGAGGAGUUGAAUCAAGUGAAGAAAAACUCGGGUUUGAUUAAGCAGAGUAGUUCCCCAGCUGGGUAUUUGUCAAAUUUGGUUGCUGAAAUUGAAUUUGGUGCUAUGAGCAACUUGGGUGGAAAUUAUGAUGCUAAUAAACGAACAAGAACAGAAGUCAAUACGACAGCCAGUCGAUUGAGUAAUCAUGUGAACUUUUCAUCCGGGUCAUCUUCUAAAUCAAGGUUCAUGCCGCAUACCACUGAGAAUUAUAAUGAGAGAAUUGUUACAAGUUGCCAACAGAAUGGCCAGUUGAGUAGUGGACAGAAUCGAGAUUGGUCAGGUGAUUCUGCCUCUACUGGUUUAAAAAGAAAUAGAGAUGGCAAAGUCAAGAUGCUUUCUAACAUUAAUGGAUUGAACAAUCAGAGUGAGGCUUCGCAACAUUACAGUUCCGGCUUACUUCACCAAUUCAGCUUGCCAAGCACCAGUUCUGAAAUGGAAAAGAUUGAGAAUCUUUUACAUUUUCAGCAAGACUCGGGUGUUCCUUGCAGGACGCGGGCCAAAAGGGGUUUCGCCACUCAUCCCCGAAGCAUAGCAGAGAGGAUGAGACGAACACGUAUUAGUGAGAGAAUGAAAAAACUGCAGGAUCUUUUCCCAGAUAUGGACAAGCAAGCAAACACAGCAGAUAUGUUGGACUUGGCAGUUGAAUACAUUAAAGACCUCCAGAAAGAAGUUAAGACUCUGAACGAGACUCGGGACAGAUGCACAUGUUCAAGAUGAAGAUGAAGAGAUCCUGGCAUAAACUAGUGUAAUCUACCGAUAAGUGGUGAUUAAAUCAACUUAUUGUAGUACAAGAUCUCCUUAAAUUUACAUACAGCGAGGAGGAAAUGUUUGUUGAAGCUGCCUUGGUUUGUGUGAUGUUUUUUUUUUUUUUUUUUGUUUCUCAUAGUUAUCACUCAUCUUCCUUCUUGUAAAAAUGUAAUCUGAGAAUAGAGCAGUGUAAAUAUAAAUAGAUGUCGAGCCAUUUGACUGGUUUUCUUUCU